CACACGAAGAAACACUCUCUGAAUAUACGCCCUGGAAAAUUAAAUAAAUAAAUUAGGUCUUUCUUUCUCUCUCCGUGCCCUCUAUCUCUCUAUAGAAAUUCGCAUGGAUGUAUUAAUUAAAUAAUGAUGGACCUCCCUGUGAAGAAUAGAGAGUUGACCAAGUUUUUUUCGUGUUUCAAAUCUGUAACUUCCGGUGAAGGGGCAGUUAAACAGGCGUUAUCCGACGAUGAAAGUGGCCGGAAAAAGAAGAAAGUCCGCCGGAGUUUUUCCCGCGCGGUCAAAGCCAUGGUUUUUCAGACAUCAUUGAUGAAGAAAAUUCAGGGCAAGAAGUCUCGGAAAAAUUCGUUUCGAUCAAACAGUGAGUUAUCUUCAACAAAUGAAAAAUCUGUGUCAUACAAGGACUUAUCAAAUUGCAAAGAAAAUUUCAGAACAAAUUCAAAUCAUUCUUCUUCUUUAUUCUCAUCAAACCCUACAAGCCGUUCAACUUCGAUAUCUUCUAAUUCUUUUCCUUCUUCCUUUAAUUAUUCACACUCGAGGUCCCUAUCAGAAAUAAAAAGAUCAUCUUCAUUUGAUUACAAAAUCCUCAACAUCAAUAAACAGAAGGGUUUCAAUGAAUCAUAUGCUGGAAUCUGUAUUUUUCUGGUUUCUUUAUUUUCUCUGGUUAUUUGUGGGAAGGUUCUUGCCAUAUUAACUUGCACUUCAAGUUGUCUUUUCUUCGCCCCCGCCCCACGGAGGUGCAGAAGAAAACAGUCAUUACGGAAGGGAUGUUGGAGAGAAAUCGAAGGUGCUACCGCCAUGAAUUUCUGAUCGAAUAAAGAAGUCAAUAUUUUGCAUGCAUGUCUAUCCAUAUUCUGCAAUUAAUAUUUUUUUUUUCCUAAUAUUCUGAAAUACAAUUGUAAAAAUCUUUAAAUUUUCUGCGGAGAUACAGAUACCCUCUUCAUUGAUUGCUGUA